CCGAGGUACUAAAGCAGGGAGCCUCCGCGGACGAUGCAGAGAGCUCGGAGCCCCUGCCCGCUGCAAGCCCCGCUCUGCAGACCAGCCCGGAGCCCCUGCCCGCUGCAAGCCCCGCUCUGCAGACCCACCAAAGCAACUCCAAUGUGCAACAUCUGAACCAACAGGUCGCGCCCGAGGAUGAACGGGAACAUCUCCAGGAACUCCACGGAUGGCCGGUCCGGCUGGUUCGCGGCCAGUGGAGAGCGGGCAACGUUAGACUUGGCGGCGCAGGAACCUUCUCUCAACCCCUGGGACAUUGUGCUGUGCGUCUCCGGGACCGUCAUCUCCUGUGAAAACGCCAUCGUGGUCGCGAUCAUCUUCUACACGCCGGCCCUGCGGACGCCCAUGUUCCUGCUGAUCGGGAGUCUGGCCACGGCGGACCUCCUGGCUGGGCUGGGACUCAUCCUGCACUUUGUGUUCCUCUACUGCAUCCGGUCGGAGGUGGUCAGUCUGCUCACCGUCGGUUUACUGGUCGCGUCGUUCACCGCCUCCGUGUGCAGCCUGCUGGCCAUCACGGUGGACCGCUACCUGUCCCUGUACAACGCGCUGACCUACUACUCGGAGAGGACGGUCACCAGGUCUUACAUUAUGCUCAUCCUCACCUGGGGCGUCUCGGUGAGCCUGGGGCUGCUGCCGGUGCUGGGUUGGAACUGUGUCCGGGACACGUCGCUGUGCGGCGUGGUCAAGCCGCUGACCAAGAACAACCUCAUCAUCCUGUCCGUCUCCUUCUUCAUGGUGUUCGGGAUGAUGCUGCAGCUCUACAUGCAGAUCUGCAAGAUCGUCUGCAGGCACGCUCACCAGAUCGCCCUGCAGCGCCACUUCCUCGCCACCUCGCACUAUGUCACCACCAGAAAAGGCAUCUCCACGCUGGCUGUCAUCCUGGGCACCUUCGCUGUGUGUUGGCUUCUUGCAAUCUACUGCCUGAUGGGAGACACAGUUUACCCCAGCCUGUACACGUACCUCACCUUCCUGCCGGCUAUCUACAACUCCAUGGUCAACCCAGUCAUCUACGCCUACCGGAACCAAGACAUUCAGAAGGUCCUGUGGACCGUUUGCUGCGGGUGCCUCUCAUCCAAGCUCCCCUUUCGUUCCAGGUCGCCCAGCGACGUCUGACUGCACGGGGUGAGGGUGCCCGCCGAUGAAUACUGAGCCAAGGUCCGGACCCCGGCAGCUCCUCCAGUGUAAAAUGUUGCACUACAAACCAAACCCGACAUUGGGAAGUGAAUGAGGGGUCUUGACACUGCUGUGUUUGCACAUGGGACACACACGGACCAGCAACGGAAUGCAAGGAAAACACUUUGUGUACUGUACUGGAAUUUGCACAUUUGUUUAAAAACAAACUAUGAAAUGUACCAGGCACUUUGAAUUCAG